AUGUUGCCAGCAUUCUCCGAGCCCGAGGCAAUCCGCUACACCGGCCCGCUGCUGCAGCUGCGCGCCGUCUCCUUCCGCUACCCCGGCGCCGCCAGCGCCGUGCUGCGGGGCGUCACGCUCGACAUCGCCAUGGGGGCGCGCCUGGCGCUGCUGGGGCCGAACGGCGCAGGCAAGAGCACGCUCCUGCGGCUGAUCGCGGGCACUGCCAAGCCGACGCCGCCCGGAGACGAGGAGGACGGCGGCGACGGCGGCGGCGCCGCGGCCGGUGGUGGUGCCAAGGUGGCGGCGGCUGCAAGGCGGCCUGCAAUGAGGGGCCUCGCAGUGACGGCCGCGGCGCUGCCGACGGCGCAGGCGGCGGCGGCGGCCGCGGCCAGCGCGGCAGGUAGCGUGGAGCGGCACGCCAAUCUCGAGGUUGGCCUGUUUGGGCAGCACUGUGUUGAGGACCUGGACCUGGAGACCACAGCCCUCGAGCACAUCGCUUCCAUCGCGCCGUCCCUGCGAGACCAGGAGGCCCGCGACUUCCUGGGCAGCUUCGGCUUGGGCGGCCGCCUCGCGACGCAGCAGCUCGCGACCCUCAGCGGCGGCCAGAAGGCGCGCGCGGCGCUGUGCUUCGUGCUGCUGCGCCGUCCGCACGUGCUGCUGCUGGACGAACCCACAAAUCACCUCGACCUCGACGCCGCUGAGGGCCUGGCACGCGCCCUUCAGUCCUACCCCGGCGCCGUCAUCCUCGCCAGCCACGACAUCCGGUUCGUCGACGAGGUGCUCAGCGGAAGCCCUGCGGGCGGCGGCGGCGCCGUUGGCGGGGCCGCGGGAGCGGGCAGCGGCGCGCAGGUCUGGGUGGUGGGCAGGGGCGGCGUCAAGCGGUGGGAGAAGGGCAGCGCCGCUGAUUACGCGGCGUCCCGGCUGGAGCGAAUGCAGAAACAGGUCGCGCAGGCUGCAGCAGCGGCAGCCCGGAGAGCCGGUGGGACUUGA